CAAAGUAAUGUUUGGAAGUUUUGCUAUUAAAGAAUGUGUUAGCACACAUGUCAGUAUCAGUAUAGACUUUGCAGUUUAGUUAACAUGAAGUCUUUGUUUGCGGUGAUCUGGGUUCUAGUAUUGGUAUUGCUUUUCUGUGAGGGAGGUGAAGCAUGGAGAAGAAGAAGAAGAAGACGAAGGGCUCCUGCACCUGUACAUUGUGUCGUUUCUGGGUGGACUUUUUGGACUGGCUGCUCUAAAACAUGUGGUGGAGGACAGUCAAUUAGGACAAGGCACAUCGUAAGAGGCCCAGCCCAUGGGGGUCGUGGUUGUCCAGGUUUGCGUGAAACCAGAGCUUGCUACGCUCAAGCGUGUCCUGUGCCUACUACAUGUCAAUGGAGCUCAUGGGGUGCAUGGUCGAGCUGUGAUCCUUGCUUUCCAGGAGGAAGGAGCCGAUCUCGAAAUGUAACUGUCCCAGCAAUGUUCUAUGGAGCGCAAUGUUCUGGAUCAAGAGCUCUCACAGAUUAUUCAUGUACCACUGGACAAGCUUGCGUAGAGAAAACUUGUCCCGCCAACAAGUUUACUUGUGCUGAUGGUCUUGGUUGCAUUUCUGAAAGAUUCCGUUGCAACGGUGACAAUGAUUGCACAGAUUUCUCAGAUGAAGAAGAUUGUUCAAACUUUCGCUCACCUUGUGGAAGUCGAAAGUAUCAAGGCAUUCCAAACAUUGAUAUCGCCGGAUCUGGUUUCGAUAUCACAAAACUGCGAGAGGAAGGUAGAAUCAUGGACAAUGAAAGAUACAAUGGUAGAUGCUCAACUGUGAGAAGUGGUGACCUUGGCGAACGCUUUAGAAAACCAGCAAAUGUUCAAAUAUAUCGGUUUCAGGUUCGUGUUGAUUCCUCAUUCACCACAAAGUCCUUUGAAUCAUCUAUGAACUACUUUCAAGAUGAAAGAUCAUCUUAUGAGCGUAAACUAGAUGCCAGUGCAUCAGUUUCUUAUGCAAAAAUAUUCAGUUUGUCAGCAAAGUCUUCUGGUUCUAACAGCGGGAAAACAAAAAUGGUGAUUGAUUACGGUACGAAUUCCGACUCAAAAUUCUUCAAGAUAUCAAGCACUGUGCAGGUUGCACAUUUCAGAAUGGUUCGUCGAAAUCUUCUUCUUUCAUACGAGUUCAUGCUACGUCUAAAGGAACUUCCAGAUAAUUUCGAUUACGCGAAAUAUGCUGAAGUAAUCUCAGACUUUGGCACCCAUUUCUACUCCAGAGGUGUUUUGGGUGGAAAAUAUGAGUAUGUGUACCGGUACUCCAAGAAAGCACUUCGUCAAUCAGAUCUCACGGAUGUAGAGCAACAAGGUUGUUUAGUACAGGAAGCAAAAGCUUCUUUUAUGGGCAAAUUCAGUGUUGAUGCCAGUGUUGGAAAAUCCAAAUGUUCAACAAACCAAUUGUCGCUAAAACAUGGAGGAAGUUUCACUCGUGCUGCUACAAACGUUGUUUCUAAUGUGGUCGGUGGGACAUCUGUCAAAGCUGCUGCUCUGAGUUUCUUUUCUGGAAAAACACCAAACAAGUCAGAUUACGAUGAAUGGGUAAAGACAGUCAAACACAAUCCUGCAGUAAUAGAUUAUCAGCUUUCGCCCAUAUCGUCUGCUGUGCCAUUGUCCACCUACAACAAAAGGAAAAACAUGGAACGUGCUUUAGUUCUCUAUUUGAAGGAGUAUGACUUCUCCAAGUGUACGGGUAAAUGUGCGCAUGGAGGAGCAGUGGUCGUGGUGAAUGGUGGAAAGCUCUGCAAAUGUCUUUGCCCCGCCAACUAUGGUGGCAUUGAUUGCAAUGUUCACACAUAGAGUUUAAGCAAAGUAUUUUAACCAGUUAAUCAAGAACACGAGUUUUAUCAAAGUGUUGUGAUGUGAAAAAGAAAUAAAAGUCAAAUAAAUAC